AUGGCGAACCGGCGAGUUAUCAUUGAUGAGGUAGCUUGUUCUCUGCAGAUUAGUCAUGGUUCUGCCUUUCAAAUCAUCCACGAUGAGCUCGGCUUCCAUAAAGUCUGUGCGAGAUGGGUGCCAAGGGAGCUUACUGCAGAGCACAAACGCAAACGUCUUGAGGUCUGCCAACGUUUACUCGAUCGCUACAACAAUGAUGGCGAGAGAUUUUUGAGCAGAAUAGUCACAGGCGAUGAAACGUGGGUCCAUCAUUAUGAGCCAGAAUCCAAAAGACAGAGUAUGGAGUGGAAACAUCCUGGCUCGCCAGCGACGAAGAAAUUCAAGACUCAGGCUUCUGCGAGAAAGGUGAUGCUAACCCUUUUUUGGGACUCAAAGGACCUAUACUGGAAGACUACCUGGAAAAGGGGUGCACGAUCAACAGUGCAAGCCCAGAUCUCGCCCCUUCCGACUACCAUAUCUUUGGACUGCUCAAAGAUGGUUUACGAGGUCGGCAAUUUCCUACGGGAUGAAGAUGUGAAAGAAGCGGUGCAUAAAUGGUUGCAUGACCAACCCCAAACCUUCUUCUCGGAGGGAAUACGCAAGCUUGUGGACCGCUGGACCAAGUGCAUCGAAAAACAAGGAGACUAUAUAGAAAAAUGA